GCGUGCAAUGUCGAGAUGAACGAUAAAGCGGGAAGCAACAACAAGCGAUCUUGUUCGUCCCUAGUGACGCAACUAGUAUGUGCCAUAGUGAUAAAUACAGCAUGUUUUAUAGAUCAACAAAUAUUUUACCAACAAACAUUCUCUGCGCACUGUUGAUGCUGACACUGGGUGUUCACACAUCUACGGUCUAUGUGAUGUAUGAACGAUUCCAGCAAGUAAAUGGAACCGACGUAAUCGAUGCAACCAACUUACGCAUACGCAAAUACAACCGAACACUAACCGUAUUUAAUGGAACAUUCGAAUUGCACAGAAAUUUGAAUGAUGAUUAUGCCUUUUCCGGUUAUAUGUCGUACAGCACGCUGGGCAACAAUCAAUUCGUCCGUUCGCCAUUCCGCAUACCCGCGCAGAAGGUGUGCACAUUCCUAAACACGACGUAUCGUGACUAUCGGGAGUUUUAUCGCAAUAUGACCAACUUUCCCGAUGUGGGAACAUGUCCCUUUCCGAAGCAGCAGUAUUACAUCAAGAACAAGGUGCUCGAUUCUAAGAUUAUCAACAAUUACUUCCAGCCAGGCCUGUGGAAGAUAGAGCUUGUGCUGCUAACGGUGAUUGAUGAGCGAGUUGUAUUUGUUUCCGAAGUACUUUUUAAAGUUACACGAGACGCCAUCUUUUAGUACGCUCGUCCGAACAUCUAGAUUGAAAUAUUUCACAACCUCAUAAAUAUUGUUUUUUCGUAGAUGGUAAAUGGCAUAACUCAUAAAUAAAGUGGCUAACAAUUUUAGAGAGAACAAGGGAAUCAAUUCGGGAGAGCAUUAUGACAACAUCAGCCUAGGAUGAUGAAUUGUUUAUCCACCGAAUAAACUACUAGUACUUACCUAAAAAAUCUUACAAAACCCAAAGUUACCCAAAUGGCUUGACUCUGUCAAGUUCAUUUAUGAAAGUUUCCAUAGGAGGGAAGACAGGUCUUUUAUCACAGACUAGCUUUAGAUGUUUCUUUUUCUUCUUCUUCUUCUUCUUCUUCUUCUUCUUCUUCUUCUUCUUCAUCUUCUUCUUCUUCUUCAUCUUCUUCUUCUUUUUCAUCUUCUUCUUUUUCUUUACUACGUCGACGUAUAGUCCGUUGUUACGGACGCGACAAAAUUCACAAGCGUACGCGUAAGAAAAUUCGAUCUAUCGUAAGAAAGAAAAAGAUUCACUUUCACCAGGCAGGAGGCAUGCAAGAUUAAUCAAUAGCUGGCAUUGAAAAAUGUUACAUAGGGUUUGGAUUAGACCAAAAUAGAUAAGAACAUUGGAAAGGUUUGUUCUACGGCAAUUAAAUCACGCGUUGCGUAGGUCAAGCGAAGGAGGUCUAAAAUGGAAAAUAGAAUAACCGACUCGAGUGCGUUCAACUCAGGGUAAGGAACGCAUGUGCAGCACAAUGACCUGCUUUCAAUAGCAUAAACAUUUAAUAACUAAAAAGGUUUAGGAUAGAGCACCAAAACAGAACUUAGCCAUGUGUUUAUUUAGGAUGAAACCAAAAGAAAAUAGGGAAAGAUCAACGCGAUCUAACGCCACCGCGUUGCGGUAGGCAAGCAAGUAAUAAACACAUCACAAGGAUUGGCUUGUUCGAGCCUUGAUAUUUUAAACAAUCGACUACCCGAAAUAGUUAGGCAUAGGGCAUCUCGCAAUGCUAAUAUCGGUAAGGCUCCGACGCGAGUAAAACGGCAUCCAUCUACGAACGAGAGGAAAACAAAUAGCGAUAAGCGCCAUACGCCCGCAAGCCGUAGCAUAUGGCAGGCAAUAAUAAACUUGCACUUGAUCCUUAAAACAAUUCCAUCGGGUAGCCGCUUGCAUCUGAGUAACGUACGCACAGUAGCGGUAAGGAAACACGCGCCUAUGCGCUCGGUGCAAUUAACUAAACAAGGCCGAAUCGGAUCGCAUUACAGAAUCCUAAACUAAC